AUGUAUCUGCAAUUUAAGGAGAAAGUAAGGACUUUUGAAUACUAUUCACUGGCACUUGAUGAAAGUUGUGAUGUCAGAGACACAGCACAGUUGUUAAUUUUCAUUCGAGGCAUCACCAAAUAUUUUGAGGUCACAGAAGAAAUGGUAUCAAUGCAGUCACUGAAAGGAACAACAACUGGAGAAGAUUUAUUGGAGGCAGUAAAUAAUUGUCUUUUGAAAUUAGUAGUAGAAUGGAACAAACUGGUAAAUGUGACCACCGAUGGAGGGCCAAAUAUGACAGGUAAAAAUGUUGGAUUGCUAAAAAGAAUUCAAGAUCAAGUCAGAGAAACAAAUGCAGAACAAAAUAUUGUCUUUUCGCACUGCAUUAUUCAUCAAGAAGUCCUUUGUAAGAGUGUUUUAAAUUUAAGCCAUGUCGUUGACACAGUUGUGAAAGUGGUUAAUUACAUUCGAGCAAGAGGAUUAAAUCACAGGCAGUUUAUAACCCUGCUUGAAGACUUGGAAUCUGAUCAUACGGAUGUUCUGUAUCACACAAAUGUGAGGUGGCUUAGUUUGGGAAAAAUCCUGAAAAGAGUUUGGGAAUUGAAAGAAGAGAUUGGCUUAUUUUUGGACAUGAAACAGAAUGCUAUAGAUUUCCCACAGUUGAAUGAUGAGAAAUGGCUCUCUGAUUUUGCAUUUGCUGUUGAUAUCAUGGGUCAUAUGAAUGACCUGAAUUCAAAGCUACAAGGGAAGGGGGCUUUUGCACAUGAUUUGUACAGCAGUGUCAAAGCUUUCAUGAAGAAAUUACUUCUUUUGUCUCGUCAGAUUACGAACAAACAAUUUGCUCACUUUGCAACCUUACAACAGAUUGAAGUUUGUGAUCAAAAUGUACAGAAGUACUCAUUGCAGCUACUUGACUUGCAUGCCGAAUUUUCACGCAGAUUCCAUGAUUUCAAAUUAAUUGAAAAUGACCUACAACUCGAGCUUAUUGACAUGCAAUGUGAUCCUUUGCUUUCUGAGCAGAUGAAAACAGUGACUCUUCCCAAAUUCUAUGCCUCUCUUAAUGACUGUGCAUUUCCGAAACUAAAGGCUCAUGCUCAAAGAAUGCUUGUGCUGUUUGGAUCUACAUACAUAUGUGAGCAGACAUUUUCGAUAAUGAAGCUGAAUAAAUCAAAACUUAGAUCUGCAAUGACUGAUGAUCACCUUGAACAAGUACUUUUCAUUGCAACAACGGAGGCAACACCUGACUUCAAUGGUCUGGUCAGCAAUCAUCAGCGCUGUCAUUCGUCCCACUGA